AUGCUACGUUGGACGUAUAUCGGUGUAAAUACAAGUAUAGAGGGAGCGGGUGGUCAAAGUUGCAUUAAUUAUAUCACUGCGAAACGAAGAUGCUUCGAAUCUACAUGUGUUUGCAUAACAUUCUUGUAUGCUCUCUAUCGGUCGUGUCCAAGGUUUAACGUUGGAAAUCUUCAUUCUAGUCAGCAAACGAAGCUGGGACAGCUACUUCUUGUGUUACAUACUUUUGUAUUCGGUAUUGAAAUUGGCUUCAAACUUGCCACUAGCACGUUUAUAUGGAUACUAAAUCCUUGCCAUGUUAUAACCAUAUUACAGAUAUUACUCUUGGCCUCACCAUCAUCUUCACUCAGGACUUUCAUUUUUCGAGUCCACUUACAUAUGCUAAAUGGUCCUUUGUUGGCGUUGACCUUCCCGAUAUUGAACACCCGAUCCCUGCCAUUCGAACAUGCCAUCUACUUCGUACAACAUAUUUUGAUUAUCUUAAUUCCUGCUAGCUUCUUGAAUCAGAGCAGUGAAUUUUCUGUUGAACCAAUUAAUGAUUUUUCGUGGGUGACAUUUUCUCUAAGUAUACAGGUUCUGUAUCAUUUCAUAGUUCUUCAACCUAUCGCUUUGAUGACAGGAAUAAAUCUGAACAAUAUGCUAUGUCCAGCUAUAAGUGACCCAUUCCCUGGACCAAAUUAUCGUUUAUGGGCAGUCUUUCAUCAAUCUGUUAUAGUAUUAGUACUGGGAAAGAUUUUUGCUUUGUUUCUGCUCCGAUUAAAUACACAAAAGGUGCCUUGGUCAUCUCUGAAUUCCAAUAAACGUGAUCAGAAAUCUGUUAUAGAAAGAGUUCUUGAAUCUAGUUCAUCAAAUAUAUCAGGUGCCAAUAUUACCUCGCCUUGGUAUUGGCCUGAUCUAUUUCGAUGUCACACAUAUCUUGAAGCUGAUACCAAAGUCGAUGAAGCUGUAAAUAUAUCCGAUAAAGAUUUUUGA